ACAAAGGCAACCUGAGUCACAUGACUCCGCUCCUCCCCCUCCCGGACUGCCUCGUGACGCAGACACGUCUGGUGACGUCACUCGGUUCCUGUAAGUCCUUCCCUCCGAUAGCAAGAUGAUGAAAUUCUUUCUAAUUGUUAACAAGCAAGGCCAGACUCGACUGUCUCGAUAUUAUGAGUGCAUGGAGACGCAGAAGAGGACAUUAUUAGAAUCUGAGGUCAUUAAACUGUGUCUCUCUCGUUCCAAAGAUCAGUGCUCCUUCAUAGAAUAUAAAGACUUCAAGCUGGUGUAUCGGCAAUAUGCAGCACUAUUCAUCGUGGUUGGAAUAGAUGAGUCUGAGAAUGAGAUGUCGGUAUUUGAGCUUAUUCAUAAUUUUGUGGAAGUAUUGGACAAGUACUUUAGCAGAGUAGCACUACCGUUUGGCCUCUCGUCAGCGCCUCGGGUCUCCACAAAAGUGAGUUCUGUGACGAUUGCUCAUCUCCCUUAGAGUGAUAAUAGUUCCAUACUUAGAUGACCUACUCAUCAAAGCUUCGUCUCAAGAAAUACUCCUUCAAAAUGCCUUACUAAUGUACAAUGUCCUUGUUCAGCACUGUUGGAUUGUCAACUUCAAAAAAUCAAGCCUUGUCCCGUCUCAACAAUUUCAAUUUCUGGGAAUGAUUCUGGGGACGGUAGAUCAACGAAUUUACCUUCCAGAAGUGAAAGCACAAAGUAUGUCAUCUGGUACAAUUAGUGCUCAAACCACGGACAGUGUCGGUGCACUUGUGCAUUCGACUGUUAGGAACGAUGGUGGCGUCUUUUGAAGCACUCCAGUUCUGAAAAUUUCACUCCUGUCCUUUUCAGCUAGAUCUUCUUGCACAGUGGUCUGGGUCUUAUCUACAGAUUCAUCAAAUGGUGCGUUUGUCUCCAAGGACCAGAGUUACGGUGCUCUGUUGGCUCCAAAUAAGAAAUCUCAAAGCGGGAAAAAAGUUCAGAGUCUGGAAUUGGAUAAUUCUGAUGAUGGAUGCAAGUCUCAGAGGUUGGGGAACAGUGGUCCUACAUUGUCAGUUUCAGGGUCUAUGGUCAGACAGAGAAAAAUUACUGUCAAUAAAUAUCCUGGAACUCAGGGCAAUUUUCAACGCUCUGCAACAGGCAGUUCAUAUACUCCAGUCUCAGACUGUGCAGGUUCAGUCAGACAACACGACGGCAGUCGCAUACAUCAACAAACAAGGCGGGACUCAAAGUCGCAUGGCUAUGCGAGAAGUUGCUCAAAUCCUGAAUUGGGCCGAGCAUCACCAAGUCAUAUUAUCAGCAGUGUUCAUUCCAGGAGUGGACAACUGGGAUGCAGAUUAUCUCAGUCGUAAGGUUUUUCAUCCAGGAGAAUAGGCUUUACAUCCAGAAGUGUUCCAGAUGUUAGGCCAGCAGUGGGGUUACCCACAGGUGGAUCUAAUGGCAUCUCGCCAAAAUCAUCAGACACCCAAGUACGUGUCCAGAACGAGAUCCAAAGGUAGUGGCAGUGGAUGCUCUCACGAUAGCGUGGCCGUACAGCCUCGUGUAUCUAUUUCCACCAUUUCCGCUGCUUCCUCGGUUGCUAAAGCGGAUCAAAAGAGAGUCCACGACCGUCAUACUAGUGGCGCCUCAUUGGCAUCGGAGAGCUUGGUUCUCCGAUCUCCGUGGUCUACUCCCAGAAGAUCCGUGGCCGCUUACUCUAUGUUCAGACCUUCUGCAACAGAAUCCGUUUCUUUACCCCGAUUUAGCUCGGCUGCGUUUGGCUGAGUGGAUGUUGAAACCGCUCUCUUAAGACGAGAGGGCAUUCCAGAGUCGGUUAUACCAACCAUGUUACGUGCUAUGAAGCCAGUUACAGCAGCUCAUUAUCACAGGAUUUGGCGAGCUUUUAUUGGUUGGUGUGAAUCUCUGAAGUUUCCAACAUCUUCUUUCAAGUUAACCCGUCUUUUACUAUUUUUACAGACGGGGUUAGAUGGAGGACUACGUUUACAGACACUAAAGGUGCAGGUCUCUGCUUUGUCAUUUUUCUUUCAGUGGCGUUUGGCUCUUUUGCCAACAGUUCAAACUGUCCUGCAAGGUGUACUUAGAGUUCAACCUCCAUUUAUACCACCUACAGCUCCAUGGGACUUGGAUCUAGUUUUAGAUUUUUUGCAGUCUUCAAUUUUUGAACCCUUACAACAAGUGGAUUUUAGGUUUCUUACUUGGAAAAGUUUUUCUCCUAGCCUUAGCUUUGGCAAGGCGUGUUUCUGAAUUGGGUGCGUUGUCAUGCAAAGCACCGUAUCUGGUGUAUCACGAUGACAGAGCGGAACUUCGGAUGAAUCCCGCUUUUCUACCAAUGGUAGUAUCUUCUUUUCACAUCAAUCAACCAAUCGUAGUUCCUGUUUUUUCAGAAGGUUCAGGGAUGCCAGCUACUUUUAAUUUGGUUCGUGUGCUUCGGAUUUAUGUAGCUUGAACAGCAACAGUUACAUUGUUUGUUCUUUAUGAUGCAGUCAAGGUAGGUUGGCCAGCUUCCAAACAGACCUUGGUUAGAUGGAUUAAGCUGACCAUUCGUCAAGCUUACUUUCAUGCUAGUCUACAACCGCCUGCAUCUAUUUCAGCACAUUCCACACGUUCCAUGAGAACGUCAUGGGCAGCAGAUCGUGGGGCUUCCACGACGCAACUUUGCCAUGCAGCUACAUGGUUGUCAGUGCACACGUUUGUGCACUUUUACAAGUUUGAUACUUUUGCAGCAUCAGCAUCUAGCUUUGGCCGUCUAGUUCUACAGGUACCAACCAGCUCUCCCGCCCCACGGGGGAAACUUUGGUACGUCCCAAAAGUACUCCAGUGACCCCUAGUGGAUGAAAAAGAAAAUUGGAUUUUGGUACUUACCAGAUAAAUCCUUUUCUUUGAAUCCAUAGGGGGCACUAGACGCCCGCCCAGAGCAGUUUCACCUGUCUUGUGUUAAGUACAGUUUAUCUUAUGGAAACACAUUAUCACCUGCUUGUUUGAAUGUUAAGGUGAUUGUUAUCUGUUGUCAUUUCAACUUUCUAGUUUAUCUUAUAAAGUUAUAUGUAAUUCUCCAUUGUUCAUCCUCUCUCGCUCCUGUUUGGCUCAUCAAAAAAACACUGGCAUCUUGGGAGUAUGGAGGGGGAGGAGGGUAACUAAUUUAAAUAU